UUGAAACUGUGGUGGUACCUCCUUGUUACAUCAAAAAAUUAAAUCCUUUUUAAAAGGUGUUUAAGGCUUUUUAACUUCAUAAUUUUUUUUUUUCUACCUUUCGUUCUUUUUAUUUGCCCUUGUUGCUGGCCGGCAAGUCAUUAUUGACCUUCAUUUUUUUUUACGAUUGGAAGUCGUUUAAAUCUUCUCGAUCAUUUUAACUAUUUCCUUUCUUUACAUAAUAAAUAUUUUAUCAUUUUAUCUUCCCUCUUCCAACAACCUCUUUUAGAACUUUUUUAUUUCGUUUUAUUUUUUGACUUGGUUCAAGAUAAAUAAAACGGAUAAUAUAAAACAUUUUAGAUAAUAUAAUAUAUUAAAAUUACAACAUGAAAUCAUCAUACAAAGCGAUCAGCAAAACAUUAUUAGUUUCUUUCGCUUUUUUAGAAUUAUGCUAUUUAGCCACAGGAGCCGUAAUUAUAGCUCUUGGUAUUAAAUGGCUCGCUUCUCUCGGCAUUAACAUUAGAAGUAUUGUAAUAACACCAGAUUUAAUUCUAAGCGGGUUUGGGGUUGGCGGUUCAAUUGUCUUCUCAUUUUUAAUUGGUUUUAUUGGGUUUACUAAUCCGUUAAAACGUAAGAAUUGGUUAUUAGCACAUACAUUCUUCAUUGUUUUAACUUCACUUGCACUAUUGGCCUUGGGUGCAACCAUUUGGUUUGAGACAUUAAAUGAACGAAAACACUUUGGUGAAGUGUGGGCGGAGUUGGAUGACGAAACGAGAGCAUCUUUCCAAAAUGAGUUACAAUGCUGUGGUUAUCAAAAUAAUAUGGAUCUUAGAGUAGAAUCAAGUUUUUGUCCAGCAAAUGAUAUUACACAAGAUGCCUGUAUAAACCCUAUAACAAAAGUCGCUGAUAAAAUUUUACGUCAAUUGUUCACAACACUUUUCGGUUUUAUCACGGUUAAUAUUUUUGUAUUUUUUGCAACUAUAAUUUUAAUCCAGGCAAGAAAUGUUGAAGAACGAUAUCGUAAAAUUGAUGAAAAGUAUGCCGCUUCGGGAGACCAAGCAUUAAAAAGACAAUAUGUCUAAAGGAAAUUGUUAUCUUUUUUCGAGGCGAGAAAUAAUAAAAAGUUUUUGAUUUCCCAAAAAAAACUUCACAUUUUAUUUGUGUAAUGUAUAUUUUUGGUUUGUAAUUUUUUUUUUUUUUUUGGUAUCCUUCGGGAUGUCAUAUCAUUAGAAAUUUGCACCGCAUUUUUGUAAUUUUUUAUACAUACAUUUUUUCGGGGAUAAGGUUUAAUGUUAAUAAUUUCAUGAGGAAAAAAUUUCUUUUUUAUUUUCUUGUAUUUUAGGUUUUUUUUUAAACAAUAGUUCUUUUUUUCCUUUUUAACUUAAUAAUAAAAAAUAAAAUAUUUAAAGAUGAAAUAUAUCAAA